AUGGUCUUGACGGUUCUCACGGACGACCAGAUCAAGGCCAUCUUGGCUGACCUGACUGCCGACGAGUUCGAGGGCUUCAGGAAAACCAUCUCAACAGCACUUCACGAGUACUCGACCAACACCCACAACAUCGAGGAUGGCACUUAUCACCAACCAGAGCGCAUCUCAACUGAGAACCUUCGGACCGGCGCGACGACCCUGUACAUGCCCUCGGUAGGCCCCAGGGCAUGGGAUGCAAAGCCCACCGGCGCCGUGACUCUCCUCUCCCCCGAGGGCCAGCCCGUCGGCUUCCUCCACGCAAAGACCCUGACGGCCUUCCGCACCGCCCUCACCUCGACCUGCCUCCUCGCGCGCCGCGGACAGGUCAAGACCGUCACGGUCUUUGGCGUCGGCCUCCAGGCCUACUGGCACGUCCGCCUGGCCCUGCUCAUCCGCGGGUCGACCAUCAAGCACGUCAACGUCAUCAACCGCCGCUUCUCGGACCAGGCACGCGUCUUCCUCCAGCAGUUCUACGAGGUGCCCCAUCACAUCAAGGAGCGCGAGGGCUGGGCCGGGACAACGUUUUGCAUCCUCACGCCCGGGUACGGGGAGUUCAAGCGGCUGCAGAGGGAGCAGAUUCGCGACGCGGACGUGGUGUACUGCUGCACGCCGUCGACGGAGGACCUGUUCGAGGCCGAGGUGCUCACGAACCACGAGGGGCGGAGAAAGGGGAGGCUCGUGGCGGCGAUUGGGAGCUACACGCCCGAGAUGAGGGAAUUGCCCGAGGGGCUGCUGCUGCAGGCGACGAAGCACGAGAAGCCGCAUUGGCAUUUCCACAAGCAUGCGCCCGAGGGCGGGGUGAUUGUGGUCGACACCCUGGACGGGGCGCUGAAGGAGGCUGGGGAGAUCAUCGCGGCUGGGCUGCAGCCGACGCAGCUUGUUGAACUUGGGGAGCUGAUCAUGCUCCGCCGCAUGCACGAGGAAGAGGAAGCGGCCGAGGCCGAGGGCGAGACGGCAAGCAUCGCGCCCUCGGAGCUCGACAAGCUUGACUUCUCGGGCACGCCGUCGAUCAAGUCGGCGUUCUCGGGGUCAGAUGGGGCAUCUGCGUCGGAUUCACGGUCGUCCAUCAGCAAGGACUCGACCACGGGCAGCCACAGCAGCAAGGGGCCGAGCAUAUUGCGCCGAAGCUCGAGCCAGAAGUCGUCUGAGAAGCACAAGAAGGAGGACGCGCUGGUCAAGUGGCUCCGGGACGGGACAGUCAUUUACAAGAGCGUCGGGCUGGGGCUGAUGGACUUGGCGGUCGGGAUGCACAUGGUCCAGCUUGCGAGGGAGAAGGGGAUCGGGACACAGGUUGAGGGGUUCUGA